UGCAACCUGUCCUACAGUACCGACAAAGGCACAGCAGAGAGCCAGCCAAAGGGGAGGAGGGCUCCUCCUGCGCCUUCCUUUCCCUGCGACAUAUCAGCUCUUGGCACAGGGGAGACUCCACACCACGCUCAAAUCCACAGUUCAAGCCUUUAAUCCCAAGUUACUGCAGACAGAAAAGGGGAGGGUUAUCUAAAGCUCACAGCACCCCCAUGUGCCUACUUGGAUCAUGGAGCUGCACUGUCUUCCUACUGAGACCCCCAGCAGAGCCAGCUCCUGCUCCACGGAGCCACUGUACGACAACUGUCCACCUUUUUCCCAGCGAGAGAGGGCCAUGGAGAAGGAAAUGGAGAGUAGGCUUGUGUGUCCUUUUGUAACUAGACCCCCGGAGCCCAGCAGCCCCCUGCCUGCUCUGGUCCCAGCUUUGGCUGAGGUUCAGACUGUGGUCGGUGGAGGAAGAGAACCUGGCACGUUGCCAGGUCGCAGCUACUGCAGCUGCAGAGGUCUGGGAAGACAGGCCUGGGAGGCAGAGCUAAAUUCAGGCCCAAACAAAACAAGAGAACUGGGAUGUCACUGGGGAACAGAGGACAGAGCUCGUCUGAGCCAAAGCCCCAGUCCGUCACCGAGCGAGGAGCAUCGGAGUGUUUUAUCUCUAUAUGAUAACAUCCCUGACGCUGGAACAAGUGGCAGCCUCCAGGAAUCCCUCGACAUGGAGACAAGCUUUCAAGAACACUCGCAAGAGCACAUGUAUCAAGCACGAGCGCCAGAACAGGUCCAGGGACUGAUGCAGGGGGAUGCCCUGCGUGAAGACAAGAGUGCCUGGCCUUCUUGUGAGAUCAGCUUUGUUAAAGGUUGUUCUCGUGAGCGGGACCAGACUCUAGACCAAGACAAGCUACAACAACAGGAGCCAGAGCUGGACUCAGGAUCCUGUGGUUUUGUGCAGAAGGGCCCAAUGCUGCAUCCAGGGCUCCCGAUGCCACUUCCUCUUCCAGCGAGUUCACCGCAGCUAUGCCAAACCAAGUGGCAGGUCAGGUGGCCUCCUGCUAAAGCCGAGCAGCCACAGCAGCCGUCGUCGUCUCUGAGGGUGCCCCCUACGCCCCCCCUGGCCGACCCCUCUGCCAGCGCCCUUCGCAGCAUCCUCACCGGCCUGCAGCAGCAGAUAGUCAGGCAGAGGGAAGAGUACGAGGCGCAGAUAAUCAGUCUGGAACAGAGAAAUGAGGAGCUGCAGGUAAAGGUGGUCCGUCUGAAAACCAACCUCUCGCAGCAGCGGCACUGGUACCAGGUGGUCCAGGCCAAGAUCGUGGAGUCGGAGAGGGCCCGGGCCGCCGCAGAGCUCCGCAACGCAAAGCUGCAGAGGGAGAUGGAGCAGUUCUUUGACACCUUUGGAGAGCUCAACAAUGAGGCAAAGAAAACAGAAUAUAUCGUUAAAAGCUUUUGAAAACGAUUAAAUGUAUGGUGUUUCUUGAAAAUACAAGCGACAGAUGGGCGUGUCUCUGAAACUGUAGCUAGGGGUUAAUAUGUCACAAAGUAAUCCUUUUUUCCAAGUUGGUGGAAGUUUAUGUCAGGAAUUACCGUCAUUUUCUCACGCUGAAUAAGUGAAACACAUAAAACAUGAAUAAAAGGAAAAACAGAAUCACUGAUGUCCACUUUAUUAGUUUUGAAUUAUGGGAAAAAGAUGUUGGCCACGUGAUCAUAUUGUUGUCAUGGCAAUCACACAGGAUAUCUGUGCAUCUCUGAUGCUCGGUCCUUAUCUGCUAAGGUUUACAGAAUGAUCGGGCCUCUCCUCAACUCACGGGAGGCAUGACAGAAACAAUAAAGUCACGGUUGUGUUCGAGUCCUCA